ACCGGACGUGACGUCAGAACCCUCAAAGGUCAAGGCUGUUGGUUGUGAAAGUUGUGAAUGGCGGUAACACAUUCAGGAAUUUGCAGUCAAGACUAUUUGCCUGGCAUACUGUGAGAGAGAAAGGGUUUGGCUGUCCUGUCUCCAGGGAUCAUAUUCACACACUACUGAACUACUAGUAGGUGUAUGUGGGAAAAGCAAGGCCAUGUCCAUCAACUACAUUUUGGGUGGUUUUGCCACGUUUGCAAAGCUCCGGUCCAGCUGUGACGAUGACUGGGUAGACCGACUAAAUCACCUGUACACUGUCAUCAUCCUGACCGUAUUUGCUGUGUUUGUUGGCUAUGGUCAGUUCCUUGGCAAUCCUAUUGAAUGUUUCUGUCCACCAGAUUUUUCGGCAGCGAGGGUUGCCUAUGUCAAGUCACUCUGCUGGGUUAAAAACACCUACUAUGUUCACAUCGACGAAGUGAUCCCAUCUCAAGAGGAACACCGGAAGUCGACCGAAAUUCCGUACUACCAAUGGGUUCCCAUAAUCCUCCUCUUCAUGGCAUUCCUUUUCAAGCUUCCGUCUGUAUUCUGGCGUUUGCUCAAUGGCGCGACUGGGUUGAGCCUUGAUAAGCUGGUUACUAUGGCGGUUGACACCCAACUAUGUCCAGCCGAGAAGUCGGAAGAAACGAUUAGGCAUAUUGCGCAGUAUAUCAACCGAUGGCUUCAGGCUCACAGGGACUACCACUGGAACAUAUGCGUGCGCAUACGUCACAGGAUGUCCAGACUCUGUUGCUGCAUGUGCGGCAAGCGGGAUGGAGUGUAUCUCACGCGACUUUAUGUCUUCAUUAAGCUUCUCUACAUUGUGGUAGUUCUUAGUCAGCUCUACCUCUUGAAUGCCUUCCUUGGACAAUGGUACAGCUUGUAUGGUUUCGAAGUCAUCAAUUCGCUCAUGGCGGACAACAGCGACCUUAUGCUGAAUUCUCCCCGUUUCCCGUUCGAAACGCUAUGCGACUUCAAGGUCCGCCAGUUCACAAACGUCCAACCCUACACAAUCCACUGCAACCUGCCGUACAACAUCCUAAACGAAAGAAUCUUUGCCUUCCUGUGGUUCUGGUACGUGUGCGUGGCAACCAUUACCAUUGCAAACUUCCUGUUCUGGAUUGUCAGGAACAAUGUGCGCGUGAAGCAAUUCGGUUAUGUCAAGAAGUAUCUCAAGGUCAUGGACGAGCUUCACGGAGACGAAGACCGGAAGUUGGCUCGAAAGUUUGCAGAGCAGUAUCUCCGGAGUGACGGCAUCUUCGUCCUGCGAGUGGUCGGCAAGAAUACCAAUGAGAUAGUCCUCGGUGAUAUCAUACAGAAUCUAUGGCGACUCUAUAAGAACAACCCCAUGAUGGAAAAAACAGCUCGUCGGGCGGAGAGAGGAGACUACAUGGCGGCAUGAUCUACAAGUCCUUGAAAUUUCAAGUGCAGGUUGAUAAGAAGGCUAACCAAUUUCUUAUCAUUUAUCCUUUUGUUUUGCUAAUAGAUAAACAAUGAACUUCUUAUUAAGCCUAGGGCUCAAAAAUCAAUAUUUGGAUGGUCAUGUGAUUCUCCGUAUUAUCAGAAUACAUAUACAAUUUAUCUACAUGUCCACUAAACUUUAGGGACAUUUUAUUUUUUCCAGUACAGGUGUAAAGAUGCAAAAUGACUUUCUAGUCUUGUAACACCUAAUCAUGGCAUACAGAGUAUAAUAUGCAUUAAGACUGAUCCAACAAUGUCUUUUUCCAGUUAAUCUAGGGAUGUGGCUACUGUAAGUCUAUGGUGUUAGGAGUUAAUGAAGUCGUAGCGCUACGAUAAUCUUCGUGAACAGGGUCCAAGAAACUCCCUGUUGCAGUUAAGUAUCCAGCAGCAAUAUUUCACUCGUCCAUUAUGAAAGUUACCAGCCAUGGCCAAUGGGUCGGUGAUAAUUUCUAACACUGCUACAUAUUUUAAAGUAAAUAUUAGAUUAUUGUCAUAACAUGUUACAGGUUCUGCACGCAUGAAAGUAUCAUAAUGUUCUUUGGCUGGAUGGUUCUAUUACCAGAACGGAAAUCAAGACAAAUUGUUUAAUUUUAAGACAACUACAAGAAGCUGCCGAAUGUGGUUUGUUUAAGUUGAUUUGUCAAACAACACCUUUAUUCACGUAUUUCUUUUCAUCUUUAAUUGAUGGAUUGUUCCAAAAUCAAGUCAAGCGAAAUAUUCAUACUGCAGUUAGACCUGUGAAUCACAAACGUGACAGUUAAUGUCCAUGAUGAUAGUAUGAAAAAUAUGAUGCCUCCCGACUCUCAGUUUCGGGAGAAACUGUUGAAAAUCAAUAUGUCCUUCCAUAUUUGACUUCCUCCAGUUAUAACGCAAUACUACUUUUGGAGAGAGAAAAUACAAAACCAAGAAAAGGUUGUGCUGUGCAAGUUGAAACACCUGGACAAAGUCUUAAAUUACAUAUUCAUGUUUGGCUACAAAAUUUACAAUGCAAAACAUUAUUGUAUUUGCAAUAUCAACUCGUUGCCAUGACCAUUGUAACGUCGGUUUAUUCGAUUAAAUCACAGAUUAGUGAUUAUCAUCAUACGAUGAUAGAAACGCCAGCUCUUGUAACCGUAUCUAUGCUCUGCUCCCUAUCACUUAGUUUGGUAUUGACGUGACCUUUUACAGAGCAUGCAUUGUCCAAUAGUGUUUUCCACAAAGAUUCCAGUGCAAAUUUAUCUUACCUUAUAUAUGUCAGCCAUGUGUAUGCGGCGUGAAACUCUCUAACUGUAACAAUUUCAUACCUUUUUCGAUGAUUUCCAAACAGAAAAGCACAUAGACACUUCAUGGUUCAAGUCCACUCAUUUUAAUGCAUGAAAAAAACAGAGGUGAAGGGGCUACGUCACAUCUGUAUGUUUGUUCAAAAUUGCCUCUGUUCACCCAGCAGAAAAUGGGUACCCGGUGGGAUAAGUCAUGUGGCUAUUAACCUUCUAGCGCUUCACGGGCAGCUUGGAAUAUCCGGGGUAAUAAUAAUCAGAUUGCUUGUGCGCUUUAAGCAUGCUUAGACAUGGAUAUAUGCGCGGUAUAAGAAUGCUAUUAUUAUUAUUAUAAUGGUUUGUGAUAGGUCUGAAAACAAUGUACCAGUUUGUGACUUUGGUACAUGACGAUACACUACAGAGACUUCACCGGAAUCGCUUCUACGUACCAAGUUUUAUGCUGUUAGACUGG